AUUUCAUAUUGCCUUGUUCAAAAUUAAGACAUGUCUUCAAACCUGGCAUCUCUGACGAUAACACAACUUCCAGUGCAAGUGUCAGAAAUAAAUAACAAUCACAGAACAGAAUUGUUUUCAGCUUGAUUGGGUGCAGUAUGUUAAAUCUGUCCGGCAGUUCAUCGUACAUGAUAGUAGGAUGGCUAGCGAUGUGUGUCGAAUCUGUUUGCGUAAAUCGACGGAAUCGAUCCCAAUAUUUGAAACCUAUCUUGGCGGUAAGCUGGUGUCUGAAAUUAUUUGGAUAACGUUCGGGGUUGAGCUUUCUUCCAGCAACUAUCUCUCGAACCACAUUUGUCAAUAUUGCGUUUUGAAGAUAGAUUUCUUGUACAGUUUUUAUCAGGAACUUAUCGAAUGCCAAUCACAUUUAUGUCGAUUGAGGGAAAUUGAUGAGAUCGACAAUUGUUCACAGAGAAAGUUGACUGUCGGUCCUAAACACGGCAGUGAUAAUUUGUUUCAAACGGCACGAAGGCUUGAAGAGGCAAUAGCCGACGAUAGUCUAUUAGAAUCGAUGGCGGUGAAACCUAUCAAUAAUGGAAUUAAUCCUUUGGAUAACGUUAACAUUGAAAAAAAAUCAUGUAACGAUGAGACUGAAUCAAAAGAUCUCGACGAUGUCAAGAGUGUAACGGAUCCAUAUCCCAAAGAAGUUAUAACAGAAGAUCGAAAGUCGUUAAUUUAUGCCUUUGAGAAAUUAAAGAAAAGAGGUAGGAUUAAGAAACGAAUCGUCAAACAAAUAACCAACAAAUGUUACAUCUGUGAUACCAUUACUGAUAAUCAGGACCUCCUUGAGUUACAUUUGAUAAAUCAUACGGACAUGCUUCCGUUUAGGUGUGACCAAUGUAGCACGGAAUCGAAUAAAAUAGAAAUUAAGACUUUGUUAUCACUUAACAAGCAUUUAGAAUCACAUCUGUUCAAAUACGUCUGCUCAAACUGUCCAUUACGGUUCCGGUCUUACCACUCAUGGCACCACCACAAUCGAAACGUGCACAUGAAAGAUUAUCUUUACACCUGCAACAUCUGUAAAAAAAAGUUCAUCGAAUUACGCAACUUUGGUGAACAUAUGAGAAGUCACAAAAAUUUUAAAGAGAAACAAUACGAAUGCAAAAUCUGUCGAAAAACGUAUCAAACGAAGGCAGUCCUGGUGCGACAUGAACGUAUACAUAAGCAGGAAAGACCCUAUGAGUGCCCCUUCUGUGAUGUUGCUUUCAAGGACAAAUCGAAUCUGCAACAGCAUAAAAGGCGCCACAUCCAGCUAAUGGGAGGUAGCUAAUGGUAAAUUUUAUUGGAGGCAAAUUAAGUGAAUCUCUGUAGACAGACACAUUCAGAAUCACUCGAUGGAAGGCAUUAAUGGAUAGAGAAUACAACAUAAGUAUGUUAUAAUAGAAUAUUAAUAAAAUCAAUUUUUCCACGGAUAAUUCCAAAUCUUACUAAAUUUUAUUGUAUUGGACUAUACCAG